AUGCAAGAGAUUGACUUGUUAAGGUUACAUAGAGAAACAUUGAAGUAUUUAGAAAUUGAAAGUAUCUUUAAACGAUUGACAUAAACUUUUAUUAAUAAAAUUUACAAUCUUAUUAGAGAUAUCUUUGCUGAAGAACACAAAUUCACCAUACAAGUAUAUUUAUUACUUAAAAUAGGAAUUAAUGAAAAUGGCUAAUCAAAAAGAAAUUCCUCUCAAAGAAUUUAAAUUAGUUGAGCAUUACAAGCUCAAUUCAUAAAUAUUCAAGACCAAUUUAUAAACUAUAUUUUCUAUAGUCAUUGAUGAUCUCUAAAAUACAUUCAAUAAAUAAAUUAUGAUUGAAGAAAGAUCAAUCUUAGAACCCAAAUAACUCACUUAAAUUGAUGAAGAAUCACAAAUCUGUUUUACUGAAAAUUACAAUGAAAUAUCCUAAGAGUACUCUAAAACACAUAGAGAUGAUAUUAAAACAGAAGAAGCUCCAUUAGUUAAUUAAGAAUCUAAAUAAGUUUAGAAAAUUCCAUUGGCUAAAUUAUUGUCAUUUGACAAGAUCACUAGUUUAUCAGUAGCUAAUUCACCAAGACAUUCUAGAGAAAAUAGUUUAACUACUCACACAUUUAGAUAAUCAAAUAAACCAAUAUAACAAUUAAUGUUAAAUACUAAUAAUGGAUCUAAAAAAUAAACAGUGGCACAAUUAGCUAAAAAUAAAAGUUUAGAAUUAAAGUCUAUAGCUGAAACUUUGUUAGCUUAAAGUAAAAUAAGUCCUAAAGGGAAUCAAACAAUUAUUUUUAAUAAUUUGAUGUCAAAAAUGAGUAAUUUGAAAGAGAAUACAUUAAAACCAUGA